UUCUGAUUGCGUCAGGAACACGGAAGUAGAGUGUCCCUGUGAUGUGACGUGAACAAGAUGAUCGCGGAUCUGUUAAUAUUCGGGACUUUACUGGUGAAUGCAGGGGCGGUGCUGAAUUUUAAGCUAAAGAGGAAGGAGACGCAGGGAUUUGGAGAUGAUUCCGGAGCUCCAACAACAGGUGACAAUAUCAGAGAAUUCCUGCUUAGUUUGCGAUACUUUCGGAUCUUCAUCGCUCUGUGGAAUAUCUUCAUCAUGUUCUGCAUGAUCUUACUGUUUGGAUCAUGAUCAAAUUGUGCGAUGAGUGGACCUCCACUUGGAUGUUCACUUUUCAAGCUACAAACUUCUCUGAUUAGACUUUUCUGCUAUUCUGGUCAUUUUAACUGCAGCUAUGCUCCAUUUUGUAUAUAUGAAAAUAAUAACUUUUUUCAGGCUGUCAGGACAUAAUGAGUCAUUGCAUCUUUACCCUCUUAAUUUCAGCUGUCCCAUCUUUGUUUUCCUGGGCUUUGUUACAGAGCAUGAGCUGUCUUGGGUUUGCCACAUAUAAACGUGGUUAUUCUACCAAUAUUAGAAACAUCCUUUAUUUUUCCUUUUGCCUGCAUAUCAGUCGCUUCAGCUGGAUUAAAUACUGACACCACAUCAAUGUUUGUCCCUUCAGAAUUUCUGCAUCGCUAACAUAAAUGAAACAUUUUAGAAACGUCUUGUUUUAUUCAUCAGUUCCUGUAUGUGUUCUGUGCUGCCUCUUAAAUUAAAAUUUCCUUUAUUGUGGGACAUAUGUACUGUAAGUUGAUAUAAAUGCACUCUAUUGUAAAUGUGUUCUUAUUCAUAAUAAAAUGAUCAUUUUUUUCUUA